UUCCACCGGCACUUCAGAUGCUACUGUUGACAGUGUUUGAAUUAGAUGACGAAUUUAUUAUGUGCCAUUUGUCGGGAGUCUUUAGGUGUAGGAAGCCUAAACAAAUCUUGCACAUUACCUUGUGGUCAUGUUUUUCAUGAUCAUUGUAUAUAUAAUUGGCUGGAAAGAUCACCAACUUGUCCGCAUUGUCGCAUACCUUCAAGUCCCGACCAUAUUAUAAAGCUAUAUUUUGACUUGGCCGAAGAUAGCCAGGUCUCAGAGUUAGAAACUCUGAGGAAUGAAGUUCAGCGGUUAAAAGCAGUCUCAGAACGAACAGACAGUGACCUUAAGUCCAAAUCUGAUGAAUGCAAAAAUUUAAGCAAACAGUUAGUUCUUACUCAAAAGAACAAUGAAACGUUGAGAAAGGAAGCAAAAGUUUUACAUGGUAGAAUCGAAAAACUAAAAGUUACUAAGUUAGAACAUGGACGACAAAAAGCUGAACUGAAAUCAGCAUUAGCAGCCUUAGAAAAAGAAAAGUCGAAAGCUUUUCAGCUAUCCAGAGAUAUAAAAAAAUUCCAAAAGGAUUUCCAAUCCUUGAGGAAGUCAGAAACUAAACUGAAGGCUGAUUACAGUAAACUUUUUUCCAUCUACAAAGCUCUGGAAAAAAGUAACACUUCUCUUAUCGAAAAAUCUUCCAUUCAAGAAAGAAUAAUAGAAACCUAUAAAGCUGAUCUCAAUACUUCAUCCAAUGCAGCUUUAUCUUCAGAACCUUGUACAUCUGCAGAACCUGAAACCAAAAUGGAUGUUGAUGAGUCAAACCCUGGGCCAGCUUCUGCCAAGAAGGUCAUGCUGAGGAGAUCUCCCAGAAAUGUAAAUAAAAGAUCAUCAUUGAAUGAAGGAUCAAAAGUAACUGCCUCAAGGCAAUUAAAUUAUGACGGACUGGGAGGGCGUUCUGCACCUGACACAUUUCCGUCGGCCAAAUUGAAAUCCUGCCGCAUUGUGUCUAGCCGACGAAAAUAAAUCUCUUCUUGUUUUUCUUUGUUAUUAAAUUAAUGAAAUUAAAUGAAAGCCUACAUUUAUAAUCUUUUCAUAUUUAAGGCAAUAAUUCUUCCAAUUUCCUUCAAAUUCUUUUAAUUACAUUUGUUAUCUCUAACGUUUCGGGACAAUUUUCCCAUCCUCAGAGCAAUCUUUAUCUUCACUGAAAUUAUGCACAUUUAAAAUUAACUUCAUC